CACACUCUCGGGCGAAUGUCCGAAGGGUGUGAAGAGAUCGAUCAGCGUCACCAUUGCGGACGCUUACAAGACUCUGUCGAGGAACAACAUGGCGACUGCAGUGGCAUCUCUGCUCGCACCUCUUGCAAUCUGGUUCAAAGCAGUCGACAGUACUGUCCAGGAGCCCUAUCUGGACGAGAUCUUUCAUAUACCGCAAGCACAACAUUACUGCGCAGGAAGAUGGCACAUCUGGGAUCCCAAGCUCACGACUCCACCUGGCCUCUAUUUGAUCUCCUAUCUCGUUCAACCUCUUCUUGGCUGUGAGGUGGGAUCUUUGAGAGCUGUCAAUGCCGGAUGCUUGGUCGCAUUGUUGCUGGCUCUCGUAGCCACAUACACUGUUCGACGGAAAGCCAAUGGCCAGACAGGUUACCUCAGUGGCCUGCUGGCUGUGCACAGCUCGCUGAACAUUGUUCUCUUUCCGCCGCUCUUCUUCUUCUCAGCCCUCUACUACACCGAUAUAGCAUCUACGCUAUCAUGGACGACCUUCUACUGGUUCUUCCUGCGAUGCAUUGACAAGAGAGACUUCUCCCCUGUCGAUGCACUGCUGCAAGUUAUCCUGGGAGUUGCGAGCCUGUCCUUCAGACAGACUAACAUUUUCUGGGUUGCUGUCGCACCUUUGGCAUUGAAGUUAGUCAUUGAGCUCGAUCAAGGUCAUCGCGUUGUCAAACAGUCGAUGUACAAGAGGGCUGAGGGUUUUGGCGACUCGACUUGGAGCGUGGCGAAGACGAGCUGGAAAAUGAAUGUGAUCUACGAUCCCCCCGUCCGCGAUGCGUUCAUUGAAGACUACAUCCGCACUAUCGUGUCCAUCGCCGCCUGUGGUCUAAAAGCCGCCACCCAACCGAAACGUAUCAUGAGUAUCGGGCUCGCACUGUCACCAUACCUGACUUUGAUCGCCGUAUUCGCGAGCUUCAUCCUAUGGAACGGGGGCGUUGUUCUAGGCGACAAGAGCAAUCACAUCGCCACCAUCAACCUGCCCCAGAUGCUCUAUAUCUGGCCGUUCAUCACGUUCUUCUCGUGGCCCCUGCUCUUACCGCACUUCAUGAUGGGUGCUCUCACACUGGUCUCCAGAAUUGGGCAGGUCUUGCCCCUGGAGCCACUACUCGUGUUCAAACGCCGCAACUUCUUGCCCCGAGCGUACCUGGUACUCGCCUUCACGAUAUUCGCCCUAGCAAUCGUGCAUUUCAACACCCUCGUCCACCCAUUCAUGCUGGCUGACAACCGACACUACGUCUUCUACGUGUUCAAAAGGCUGCUCCGACCUCAGUGGGUUCGCUACCUUGCAGCACCAAUCUACGUCCUCACAGCUUGGGCCUGCAUCUCAUCACGGGGAGAAGCUCCCUACAGCAACAUGGGUCUCACCGCGAAAGACAACAGAAGCCGAUCCCAGACUCGUGCAGCGAGCGCCAACGACACCACAAGAGAUAACCUGAAACACAAUGCCCUCACGGACGCCUCACGAGACCCUUCGCACAUUCCAGAUGGAAAAAGCACACCAAUGGUGUCUUUCAUCUUGGUCAAUCUCGCGACAACAGCUCUAACGCUGUGCAGCGCCCCCUUGGUCGAGCCGAGAUAUUGCAUCAUUCCGUUCAUCAUGUGGCGGAUGCACUUGCCAUUGUAUGCGGUCAACGAGACUCGAGAUAAGCAGGUUGCCAAAGAGAAGAGUUGGAGCGCUGUGCUGAAGGUAUACGAUUAUCGAGUCGUGGUAGAGACGGUAUGGUUCUUGGUCAUAAACGCGGCUACGGGGUACAUUUUCUUGAAUUGGACGUUCGAGUGGCCUAGUGAGCCAGGGAAGCUGCAGAGGUUUAUGUGGUGAAUUUUCAAUCCUGGCAAAGAUGGAUGGCGCGUUUCCAGGUGUCCGUGUGGGCAGAUUCGCUGGCUUUGUGCGAAGCAAUUGUACAUAUUAUAGUGUAUCACUACAUACGCAUUUCGCAAGGCUAUGCAAAUAUAUAUCCAGAG